CGACUCAUUUUUGUUUUUCAUUUUUACUUUUAUUUUCAUCAUUUUACUAAAAUGGAUUCUGAACAGAGAAAACCUUUUACCUCAUACAUGAAAAAGAAAAUACGUUUAUGUGUGUUCGCUGUAGGAAUCAUGUUUUUGAUGUCUGCUAUACCGUACAGUGUUUUAUUACAUCGGGAAAACGGAAGUAGAAUUAACAAAAUUCUAAAAGAUAUGGAAACACUUGAAUACCGGAUGUCCUCGCAAAAUUUGGACUUCUCGCUGAAAAGUCAGCAAUUUGAAAGAGGUAAUCAAGCUGAAGACAGAAGAAAGAGGGAUGUGGAUGAGCAUGAAGAACCGAAGCAUGUACCUCAUUUAUAUGAGUCAGGUGGUGCGCUAUAUGUAAGAUGGGGACGAACAUCAUGUCCAGACAAUUAUACAGAAUUAGUAUAUGACGAUAUUGUGGGUGGAUCUUGGUAUGGAACAAUAUUAGGAUACUGACGGAUUGUUACUGAACAUAUAUACUAUAUCAGCGUCACUGAGGUCACUGAUGUUACUGAUGUCACUAACCACAGGUGUUAUAUUUACUCCCCCGGAAGGAAAUUCACCGAUAAAACCCUCUCGCCACCACCUAAAAACUAAAUGUGAUAUUGGGCAUGCUGCUUCCCCCCUUACAUUUGACUUUAAAUAAAACCUAGUAUCUAUUAUAUAAAUUCCGGCUUUUUUGACUGAAAACACAUUUUUAAAGGUACAUCCGGUACAGCUAGUUUAUAUUCUUGGUUUAUGUUUAUAAAAUCUUUAUAAUCUACGACAUUUCCAGAUUCCAAAUUAAAUAAAUCAAAAUAGCCCACAUUAACCAGGCCUUUCCCUUCAAUAUAAUCCACAUCCACCAAAGUAUAUAAUGAUAAUAUCCAGACACCGUGGCUAUCAUAAUACUUUCUCAUUAAUAUUGAUAUGCGAGAAUAUCUUUUAAGGCCGUCGAGUGAUAUUUUAUAAUCAUCUUUACUUUUGUAUUCAAAAAGAAACACGUCCUACUUUUUCUAGUUCUUUUUUUUUAUUGCUUUAUAUUCAUUUUCAUGUUCAAGAAUUACUUCAGCUAAAUCAUCAAGUCGUUUUGUUGUAGCUACAUCAAAGGCAGACAAAUUGUCAACAGUAUUUUUUGUUCUAGCUAAUUGUGUUUCUUGUUUUAAAAAACAUUAUAUAUAUUGUCUAUUCUUCUUUCAAAAACAACGUCUUGAUUAUCAUAUGCAUCUAGCUGAUCAUUAAUUAUGUCAAUUGCUUUAGCA